AAAAUGCGAUAUCUCGAGAUUGCUACAACGUAGACUGUUGAAAGUAGGCUCAUUUGAAAGGAAAUUAAUUAGCGAUUCGUAUGAACUAUAGUUUGUCAAGCGAAAGAAAGACUCCAUUUUGGGAAGACAGGAAACGUACAACCAGAUGUAAUAAAGAGGCGGAGUUAAGCCCAUAUAAGGUAAUAUACGUAGGAGAUACGUGAUGGCUAGAGGAAUGGCCGAUCGUCGUGCUGACGUGCCUUCUGAGUACGACCUCGUUGUCGACAUCGAGACGUUCGAACAGCUGACAAACGGAAAUCCCGGUUGGGAAGUACGAUGUCCUGAAAUAUUGAGGCGCCUAGGACAGGCUCAAACCACGUCAUCACAACCAAAGAAAUAUGUCGAUGGUAUGGCCAACCAACACUCCAAACGGACAGAAGACGCUUCUGCACGUACAGACGGGAAUCCGGCGUCGAGCAAACAGUCCGAGGAUGUCGACGCGGAACCCCUCUCCACUUGUCAAACGCAGGAGAUGAACGAGAAAUCCACUGAACGAAAAACCGAAAGUUCGACCGAGAUUUCACAAACCAGUUCCAACGACGAAACUGACAAGGAAUUGACAGGAGCAGCAGUUGUAGCCCACAGUCUCCAUCAAGAAUUGAAGGCAUGGAAGCUGAAAAGUGACAGUCGUUCCCUGACGUCGUUAGUGUCGAGCGCCGGCCCAGAAGCAAGCGUCAAUACUUGGAAUGGCGAAAACGGCCUUAGCUCUAGCCUUACAUGCAACCUGAUAAAACCUCUCAACACCAGUGACUGGGUUUCGUCAACAGAAGACACGGCGACCAUGGUAGGCGAACCUCUGCAUUUACAAUACGAUUCACAGAAGGGGGCAACAAUCUUUAUCGCUGUUGUCGGUCUGUACAAUAAAGGAAAAACGUACGUCCUAAAUCGUAUCGGAAAAACCAACUUGCCUGAAGGAGCCGGAUGCCGAACGACUGGCAUCAGCAUGAAAACGGGAAAUGGAAACAUUCUUUCACGGUUCACACUCCUAGAUAUAGCAGGUUUCGACGCACCCGUUCGAGUUGGGCAAGACCGAAGCGCUGUCUACUACAAGAAAUACGUUGAUAGGUUUAUCGAGGAGCUCGCGCUUAAUCUGGCAACAGCCGUCGUUGUCGUCAUGAACAACAUCACUCUGACAGAUCAGCUUUACCUCGAGCACGUCCGCAAGGCAAUGCACAGCUUCAAGAUAGACUACGCGGCAGCUAGCGGGAUAUCAGAAAGAAUUCCUGAAGAGAAGUUUCCCGAUCUCAUUGUGAUUCACAAUUUCUCUUCCUACGGAAACCUAGAGGAAUGUAAGAAGGCAUUCAGAGGUCAGAUUGAAGAAAACUACGAGGGAAAAUGGUUGGACUACGACAGAAAGCAGAAGUUCUACUACACUGAAGGUGUUCCAGGACAAAUGGUGGGCAUCUGACAUGUCUUCAUUGGACGGUCUCUAACAGAUGCUGAAAGGUAACAACAUAACAUGUCAGUGACUGAUAUGUUUUGACAAAAGUACUGCUUGUUCAAUGGACAAAUCUACAACCAGAGCUAAGGAACCUGUGAAGGAUACUGACUUCUACAAAGAUACAAUUAAGCACAACAUUCAAGUGUUUGAUAUGAUUAAAUCGUGGUUAAGAGGCAUUGCCAGUGAAAGCAAGGUAAAGCCAGUUUCGACUAUGGUCGAUGUUGCUAACAAUAUGCUGACAAGGGCGUAACUAGCAUUAAAAUUUUACCGAGGCAAGUUUAUAUAAAUUAUUUAAUUAACCUCUACUCUAGUAGGUUUCUCAGUCACGUGUGUGGCAAGUGCUUCACGUGCCGUGAACGUGCGCAAGCUAAGUGCGAGAACAGUGGUGAAAGAGGACUUCUUCUGUUCGGUAACCGCGUGCAGAAUGCCCGAUCUUUCCUGUUAUCUACUAACUGAUACAUCUAGCAAAAUUUUUACAGCGCCACACCCAUUUUAUUUACCGAGGCAACUGCCUCGGCUGCCUCAUGCCUAGUUACGCCACUGGCUGAGGAGUUACUUCCAAAAUCCACCUACUGCAAGACUCCACGUGAAAAACGGCAAGGCUUAUAUUGGAUUUGAGCAACCGUGGUACUAUGAUUUCACACAACCAGGAAAAACAGCAAAACCAGAAAAUGAUGUUGCCUGGAGUAGGAUAUGAUGGUUCAAGAGGUCUACGAAUGUCAGUGGAACCAACACAUAAUCCACCAUAUGAUGUCAUUUCAACUCCACACAGUGUUGUCAUUAUCAUGGAUCGAAUGAUGCCACAACCUGAAGUCCAGUACAUCCCACAAGAAAAGAUGUGCGUCAUUAAAGGUGAUCUGCAAUCACCGUCUUUGUACAACAAAGAAGGCAAUGUUGUCGAACGCAGAGAAAGAUUCAGUGGACCAUUCAACCUGAAAGUGGUGAUGGAUGACAUCUUGACUCACGGCGAGGCCGUUGCCUUGGCCUUCAAAGAAGUCAGAGAAGACAGAAUGAGGAAUAUUCUUUGUGUUAUAUUCGAUAAAGUCCAAAUACAAUGUCCCGAAGAAGUCAAGGAAGGUUCUGUCGAUGACAUUUUGUAACUUCUAGGUUUGAAAUAGAUUCCAGCUGCCAUGCCUACAUUAAAAUUCUGUUUGAAAUUAACCAUGAAACUGCUUAGCUUUUUUGUUUGCAUCUUUCCACAUUCAAACUGAUGGAAGAUUAUCUGUUUACUUAGCUUUAGAGACAAUAAACAUUUU